AUGACCCCAUUUACCAUCGAUAAUCUCCCGUAUGGGAUCAUCUCCACUGACGACAACAGGAGCAAACGCUGCGCGGUCGCUUUCCAGGAGUUCGCUAUAGACCUGGAUCUGCUCUACCGCCACGGCUUCUUUGCAUCCAUACCAGAUCUCAAUUUCAACGUCUUUGCCAACGAUAAUUGGAAUGAUUUUGCGGUUCUGCCCAUAGGCCUCCAAGCGACAGUCAGAGCCCGGAUUCGUUCUGGUAUCCUGGACAAGAUCGUCGACAAGGCGUUGGUUCCGCUAUCCAUUGUUCAAAACCACCUGCCAAUGCAUACCCGUAACUUCUCCGACUUUUACUGCUCUCUCGAGCAUGCCAAAAAUGUUUGUCACUUCCGCCGUUGGAAUAUUUCCGUUUUCUUCCUCCUAUGGCUGGCUAACGCUUUCAAGUGCACCGAGGUCAUGAAGUUAAAGGUGUCGUCCAACUGGUUCUCUAUUCCAUCCGUCUAUAACGGUCGCACCUCGAGCCUUGCGGUCUCAGGCACUCCCAUCACCCGGCCAUGCGGUAUGUAUCCUGAUCCUCAGACCGGAGCCAUCUCUUUCCAACCCGAAUCAAAGCUCGACUUUGAGUUGGAAAUUGGCGUGUGGCUUUCUACUCCUGUGCUACGAGGUCAGCGACUUGACAUCGCCAAGGCCAAGGAGCACAUCUUUGGCUUCACACUCCUCAACGAUUGGUCGUCAAGACAGAUCCAGAGCUUCGAGAUGCCCCCCCUUGGCUGCUUCCAUUCAAAGGGCUCCCUUACGUCCGUUAGUCCCUGGAUCGUGCCAAUUGAGGUCCUGGAGUCGGUGAAGUGCGGUAGGACGACACAACAGGAUCCUCUGCCAGUGGCACAUCUGAUGCCUCAGGAUGAUGCGGCCCUGACCUACGACAUUGAUCUGUCAGUGACUUUGCUCCGAGACGAGAAGUCGUACACACUUUGUGAAAGCAAUCUCAAUACGCUGUACUGGACGCCCAUCCAGCAACUGACGCAUUUGGCAUCGGCUGGAGAGUGGCUCUCAACAGGAGAUGUCUUUGGAACUGGAACCAUAUCUACAAGUGCUACCAACUCGGAUGGUGAGAAAAUAGGCCUUGGCUGCCUCCUUGAGAGGAGUCUUCCUCGUACGGUGCUCAAGUCUGCGCCCCCUGACCUGCAUGAGACAUUUCUGAAGGAUGGUGACGAGGUCAUCUUGGAAGGGUGGUGUCGAAACAAGACGACCGGACAGGUGGUAUUUGGAUUUGGACAAUGCAGAGGAAAAGUAUUACCUGCUAUUCCGUAA